CUGAGCCUCAGUUUCAUCCUGCCCUUUGCCUGCGGCCUUUAUAAGAGUUCAUACAGCAAGCAAGCGCGCACCUUUUGUUCUCCAUACUGCUACAAAUCCCUUGUAUCACAAACUCAACUAGUCAACUACACCCCAGAGACUCAGCUACAAUGUCGGACGCCAUCCCAGCGCUUCUCAUCAUCCUUAUCACCAUCCUUCUACCUCCCGUGGGAGUAUUCCUCGUCGCGGGCUGCGGCGCCGACCUCUUUGUCAACAUUUGCCUGACCCUCCUUGGGUACAUCCCCGGCCACAUCCACGCGUUCUACGUCGAGUAUGUCUACUUCGAUCGGAGGGAGCGGGCGAGGCACGGACAAUUGACGGGCCACCACGCGCCGGGAGUGUACAGCGAGAGGGUGCAAUCUGGAGGGUCUGUGGGGUACGGGACGAUUUAGGGAUCCGGUCCCUCGCACAAGGCCGUUUGAACGAGAUGGGAGGGUUGCUUUUGCUAGAAGAAGAGAAUUCUACGAGACGGUGGAGGCGUGCUCAGCGAUAUUUUGUUUCGGUAACGGCGGGGGGAGUUGGUGAUUUUCCUCUUGAGCAAGGACUCGCGCAGUGACAGGCAAAGCGCAACGAUGCGUGUUAGCUCCUCCCUCGACGACGUGGUAUGUAGCAAUAUGGGCAUUCAAUUUCCAAACACGAGGCUGGGGUUAUUUUGUUCUUGUGCAAUACGUUGGC